AUGAUGCCCCAGAGAAAGAAAAGGAAGAAAGAUAUUGACUUCUUAGCUCUGUAUGAGGAGGAGCUGCUGAACUACGAAUCCGAAGAUGAAGAGGAGCUAGAACAUGAUUACUACAAGACCAGAGUGUAUGAGGUGAUCACGAUGACUGGUGAUGUCCGGGGUGCAGGAACCAAUGCCAACGUCUUCAUCACCAUUUUUGGGGAGCAUGGGCUAUCUCCUAAGCUCCAUCUCUCUAGCAAGAGCGAAUCUGCCUUUGAAAAAGCCAAUGUGGAUGUGUUCCGUGUCAGAACCAACAAUGUUGGUGCCAUCUACAAAAUCAGAAUCGAGCACGACAACACUGGGCUGAGUGCCAGCUGGUUUUUGGACCGGGUCAUCUUGACUGACAUGAAGCGACCCCACCUCAAGUACUAUUUCAACUGUACUAGUUGGCUGAGCAAAGUGGAGGGGGACCGCCAGUUGUGCCGGGACCUGUUGGCCAGCUUCACCCCUAUGGAUGUCCCCAGGUAUAACAAGUAUGAUAUCAAAGUCUACACUGGAGAUGUAAUUGGUGCUGGGACAGAUGCAGAUGUCUUCAUUAAUAUCUUCGGAGAAUAUGGUGACACAGGGGAAAGGAGGCUGGAAAGUGAAAAAGACAACUUUGAAAGGGGGGCAGAAGACAAGUUCACGCUGGAUGCGCCAGAUUUGGGGCAGCUGAUAAAAAUCACUAUUGGGCAUAACAAUAAAGGUGGAUCUGCAGGCUGGUUCCUAUCAAAGAUUAUCAUUGAAGACAUUGGCAACAAAAGAAAAUAUGAUUUCCCGCUUGAUCGAUGGCUGGCCCUAGAUGAGGAUGAUGGCAAAAUCCAACGGGAUAUUCUGGUGGGAGGUGCUAUAACCACAGCUAUCUCAUACAUCGUUACAGUCAUAACAGGGGAUGUCCAGGGGGCUGGGACCAAGUCCAAGAUUUUUCUUGUCAUGUAUGGAGCCAGAGGAAAUAAGAACAGUGGGAAAAUCUUCCUGGAAGGAGGAGUAUUUGACAGAAAUCGGACGGACAUCUUCAACAUUGAGCUGGCUGUCUUGCUCAGCCCCCUGAGCAGAGUCUCCAUUGGGCAUGGCAACGUAGGCGUCAACAGAGGCUGGUACUGUGAGAAGGUGGUGAUUUUGUGUCCAUUCACUGGCAUACAACAGACUUUCCCUUGCAAAAACUGGCUGGAUGAAAAGGAAGGUGACGGGCUGAUUGAGCGGCAGCUCUAUGAGGUGGUGUCCCUUCGGAAGAAGAGACUCAAGAAAGUUGCCUGGUCUCUCUGGGUCUGGACAAAUGACCUGAAGAAAGCUGCGUGUAAUGUCCCCGUGUUUAUCCAGCUUUAUGGACAGAAGGGGCGAACUGAUCAAAUUCGUCUGAACCCAGGUCCACGCUUUAAACCUGGCAAAAUUGACAAAUUCAGGCUUGAAAUCCCAGAUCUUGGGAGAUUUUAUAAGAUCAGAGUUUGGCAUGACAGUAAGAUUCCUGGUUCUGGAUGGCAUCUAGUAAAGAUGACGCUGUUGAAUUCCCUAACGAAGGACAAGUAUAACUUCAACUGUAACCGUUGGCUGGAUGUCAAUGAGGAUGACUAUGAGACGGUGAGGGAGCUUACUGCAGAGGGCCCGACAGUGCGCAGGAUAAUGGGAAUGGUCCAGUAUCGAGUGACGCUGUGUACAGGGGACAUUGAAGGAGCAGGGACAAAUGCCCGAGCUUUCGUCUGCCUCUUUGGUGACGCCGGAGAUACCGGGGAGCGCACCCUGUCUAGCAUCAUCUGCAGGAACAACACUGAUAUAUGUCAAAAAGGCAGUGCGGAUGAGUAUACCAUUGAAGCAGUCACCCUGAGGAAGGUGAAAAGAGUCAGAGGGCAUGAUGGCAAAGGAGGGGGCAGCGGCUGGUACCUGGAGCGAGUGUUAGUGAGAGAAGAAGGGCAGCCAGAGAGUGACAAUGUGGAAUUCCCUUGUAACAGAUGGCUUGACAGGGAUCAGGACGACGGCCAGUUGAUCCGGGAAUUAUUACCCAGUGGCAGCAGUGCAGCGUUAAAAAACUUCCGCUAUCACAUCAGCAUAAAAACAGGAGAUGUCGGAGGUGCUAGCACUGACUCUAAAGUCUACAUUAAACUUUAUGGAGAGAAGAGAGACACCAUCAAGCAGAUCCUCCAGGUCUCUGAUAAUAACCUGAGUGACCAUUUUGAGCGUAGCCGAGUUGACGAAUUCACCCUUGAGACUACGGACAUUGGAGAGAUCAACCGGCUUAUCAUCGGCCAUGACAGCACAGGUAUGAGAGCAGGCUGGUUUUUGGGCAGCAUUCAGAUUCGUGUACCCCGCCAAGGCAAGAAGUACACAUUCCCUGUCAAUCGCUGGCUGGACAAGAAUGCAGCUGAUGGGCGCACAGAAGUGGAGUUGUACCCCAGCGAGGUGGAGGAGAUUGAGAAAUUGAUCCAUUAUGAGGUGGAUAUUGUGACCGGAGAUACGGGCAAUGCAAGCACCAGCGCCCGGGUCUACAUGCAGAUCUACGGGGAGGCAGGCAAGACUGAAGUGCUCUUUCUCAAAAGCCGUUCAAAAGUCUUUCAGCGGGGAAACAAGGACACCUUUCAGCUGGAGGCAGCAGAUGUGGGUGAGAUCUUCAAGAUCCGAGUGGGCCACACGGGCGAGGGUUUCGGGUCUGGCUGGUUCGUGGACACAGUGGAGCUGAGACGGCUGGUGCUGCAGGAUGUGGAAAUCACCCCAGAGGAGGAAGCCCAGAAAAAGAAGGAGAAGGACAAAUUGAGACAGCUGUUGAGGAAGGAGAGGCUUAAGGCCAAGGAGCAGAGGAAGAGGAAAAAGAAGAGUAGCGACGUGGAGUCUGAGGAAGAGGAGUCCUCGUCAGAGGAGGAAUCUUCAGAGGAAUCAGAAGGGGAGACUGAGAUUGAGGAGGAAGAGGAGGAAUCAGAGGGCAUGCAGGAAGUAGUUGAUGUCUACAAGUUCCAAGCCAAUCGAUGGCUGGCCACCGAUGAGGAGGAUAAAGAGCUUGUCAUGGAACUGGCCCCAUCUGGAAGAUCAGGUCCUGAGUCCAAUACCUAUGAGGUCCAGGUGAUCACAGGGAAGAUGCCCAAAGGUGGCACUGAUGCCAAUGUCUACCUGAACAUCUAUGGUGAGGCGUAUGGUGAUACUGGGGAGCGAGCUUUAAGAAAAUCAGACAAAUCAAAUAAGUUUGAACGAGGACAGACAGACACCUUCGUCAUCCAUGCCAUUGACCUGGGACCCCUGAAGAAGAUUAGGAUUCGUCAUGAUAAUUCUGGCAAUGCCUCUGGCUGGUUCCUUGAUCGAGUGGAUAUCACUGACCAAAAUAAUGAAACCACGUACUACUUCCCAUGCCAGCGCUGGCUGGCAGUCGAUGAGGACGAUGGGCAGCUCUCCAGGGAGCUGAUCCCAGUGGAUGAGUCAUAUAUCCUGAAGGACGAAGAGAAUGAAGAGGAAGAGGGCGAGGAAGGAGGAGGAGAAGGAACUGAAGACACUGGGCUUGCCAACCUGGCCCUGGAUAUGAAAGAUAAAUCAACCAUGUAUUCAGUGACCGUGAAGACUGGAGACAAGAAGCGAGCAGGCACAGAUGCCAACGUCUUCAUUACCCUUUUUGGCACAGAUGAUGAUACAGGGACGAUUCUCUUGAAGUCUUCCAAGUCCAGCAACAAGGACAAGUUUGAGAGAGGGAGCAUUGAAAUCUUCACUGUGGAUGCAUUUUACCUUGGAGAGCUUCAGAAAAUCAGGAUUGGUCAUGACAAUACAGGCAAGUCCCCAGGCUGGUUUGUGGACUGGGUAGAGGUAGAUAUGCCAUCUCUAGGAAAGUGCCUGACGUAUCCUUGUGGGCGAUGGCUAGGAAGAGAGGAGGAUGAUGGGGCCAUCUACCGGGAUCUCUUCCAUGCAGAGCUACAGACCAAAACAUACACUCCAUAUAUUCCCUAUGAGAUAACCAUCUAUACCAGUGAUGUCUUUGCUGCGGGGACGGAUGCCAGCAUCUUCAUCGUGAUCUACGGCUGUGACGCCAUCUGCACCCAACAGAAGUACCUGUGCACUAGCAAGAGGGAGCAGAAGGCUUUUUUUGAGAGAAAUUCUGUCUCCUGCUUCAUUGUGGAGAUGGAGGAUGUAGGAGAAGUCAUUGAAAAAAUUCGGAUUGGACAUGACAAUGCAGGCAUGAAUGCUGGGUGGCACUGUGACCAUGUGGAUAUCCGAAGGCUCCUGCCAGAUAAAGAUGGGUCAGAGACUGUGACAUUUGCCUGUGAUCGAUGGCUUGCCACCUCUGAAGAUGAUAAGAAGACUAUCCGAGAACUGGUCCCAUUUGAUAUGUUUACCGAGAAAGUGAUGAAAGAUGGGUCUUUAAGACAAAUUUAUAAAGAAAUAGAGGAACCUCUGGACAUUAUUCUGUAUUCAGUGCAGAUCUUCACUGGGAAUAUACCUGGUGCUGGAACAGAUGCUAAGGUCUUCAUCACAAUCUAUGGAGACCUUGGAGACACAGGGGAGCGGUACCUUGGCAAGUCAGAAAACAGGACUAACAAAUUUGAAAAAGGAACGGCUGACACCUUCAUCAUAGAGGCUGCUGACCUGGGCAUCAUAUAUAAGAUCAAACUCCGACAUGACAACAGCAAGUGGUAUGCUGAUUGGUAUGUGGAGAAAGUUGAAAUCUGGAAUGAUACCAAUGAGGAUGAGUUCCUGUUCCUUUGUGGACGCUGGCUGUCCUUGAAGAAGGAGGAUGGGCGCCUGGAACGACUAUUUUAUGAGAAGGAAUAUGAAGGUGACCGAAGCAGCAACUGCAGCAGCCCUGCUGACUUCUGGGAGAUGACUCUCAGUUCCAAGAUGAGUGAAAUCGAUAUAGAUACUGUGACUGGCCCUCUGGUGAAUUAUGUUCAGGAAGGUCCAUUGAUUCCUUACCAUGUGACCAUCACCACCGGUGAGCAUAAGGAUGCCGCCACUGAUAGCCGUGCCUUCAUCAUCAUUAUUGGCGAGGAUGAUGAGGUGUCUAACCGCAUCUGGCUGGAUUACCCUGGGACGAAGAAGGGUUUCAGCUGUGGAUCUGUGGAGAAGUUCUAUGUCGUAGGCUUGGACGUAGGAAACAUCAAGAAAAUAGAGAUCAUGUAUGAAAUGACCGUCUGGACAGGUGAUAUCGUUGGAGGUGGCACUGAUUCCAACAUUUUUAUGACACUUUAUGGAGUCAAUGGGAGCACGGAAGAAGUGCAAUUGGAUAAAAAGAAAGCACGGUUUGAACGAGGACAGAAUGACACUUUCGUUAUGGAGAUCGAUGACAUUGCCCCAUUCACAAAGAUGCGGAUGCGGCUAGACGGGCUGGGCAACCGACCAGAGUGGUUCCUGGACAAGGUCCUCCUGAAGAACAUGGACAGUGGAGACCUAACAAUGUUCUACUAUGGUGAAUGGUUAUCUGAGAGGAAGGGUGAAAAGAAGACGCUGGUCUGCGAGAUGUGCGCAGUGAUUGAUGAGGAAGAGAUGAUGGAGUGGACAUCCUACACUGUUACGGUCAAGACCAGCAACGUUUUUGGAGCUGGCACUGAUGCCAACGUGUUCAUCAUCAUCUUUGGAGAGAAUGGAGACAGUGGUACCCUGCCCCUGAAGCGAUCCAAAAACUUUAACAAGUUUGAGCGCAAUGGGACAGACACAUUCAGCUUCACAGACAUGCUGAGCCUUGGUCAUCUCUGCAAGCUGAGGGUCUGGCAUGACAACAAAGGAUUAUUUCCUGGCUGGCAUCUGAACUACAUAGACGUGAGGGACAACUCCCGGGAUGAGACAUUUCGCUUCCCAUGUGAACGCUGGCUAUCAAAGAGCGAGGAGGACAGACAGACAGUCCGAGACUUGCGCUGUGCCAACAACGAGAUCUUGGAGGAGAUGGAGGAGACCACUUAUGAGAUCGUCAUAGAAACCGGCGAUUCAGAUACCAGGGAGAAUGCCUGGAUCGUUCUGGAAGGAAGAAAGGACCGGUCCAAAGAAUUUCUCAUUGAAAACAGCCCUAGGCACAGGGUGUUUAGAAAAGGCACCACUGACAAAUUUGAAUUUGACAGCAUCUAUGUGGGUGACAUAGCUGCACUGUGUUUGUGGCACAUGCCCAGAGAAGGGCAGAGGAUGCCUCCCAGGGAGAUACUCUGGCAUGUAAAGACCAUCACCAUCACAGAGUUGGAGUUCAAUAAUGUGUAUUUUUUUAACUGUGACUACAAGAUCCCCCUAAAGAAAAAGAAAAAGUACUUCAAGGUGUUUGAGGUCACGAAGGUGACUGAGAGCUUUGCCAGCAAGGUCCAGAGUCUGGUGCCGGUCAAGUAUGAGAUCAUAAUCACGACGGGUUAUGAACCUGGAGCAGGCACAGAUGCCAAUGUCGCGAUCACUGUCUUUGGGGCCAACGGUGACACCGGGAAGCGGGAGCUUAGGCGGCGUAUGCGCAACCUCUUUGAGAGGGGCCACACUGACCGCUUCUUCCUGGAGACUCUGGACCUGGGGGAGCUGCGCAAGGUGAGGCUGGAGCAUGACGGCAAAGGUCCCAGCUCUGGCUGGCUGGUGGAGAGGGUGGAGGUCACUAACACCAGCAAUGGAGUUGCCACGAUCUUUGCCUGUGGGAAGUGGCUGGACCCAAAGAAGGGAGAUGGGCUGACAUGGAGAGAUCUCUUCCCUACAGUCUGA